AUGGUAUAUGAAUAUGACUUGGAGAAAAUCGAAUGUGAAAUACAGGACACAGAGGAACAAAUGAAGGAAUUGGAAACAAAAGGACACGAGGAAGAAAACUUAAGGAUAGAAAGUGAUGAAAGGAACGGACAGAAUGUGGAAAAACAGAUGGUAAAUGAAUAUGAAAUGGAGAGAGGCAAUGGGGAAGACCAGGAAACAGUGAAACAAAUAAAAAAACUGGAAACAAAAGAACACAGCAUAGAGAAGCAGGAAAGAAAACAACAGAUAGAAAACCUAAUAAUAGAAAACGAUGGAAAAAAAGGACUGAAGAUAAAACGACCUAGACUAGAAGAGACUAUGUCAGAAGAAGAAACUAAAAAUGAACAAAAUGAGAAGGCAAAUAAAGCCGAAAGUUUAUGGAAGGACAAUACAUCUUGGUAA